AUGGGAAGAUCUCCUAGCAGUGAUGACUCUGGUCUCAAGAAAGGUCCUUGGACUCCUGAUGAAGAUGAGAAGCUUGUCAACUACGUCCAAAAACAUGGCCAUAGUAGCUGGAGAGCUCUUCCCAAGCUCGCUGGUCUAAACAGGUGUGGGAAGAGUUGCAGGCUGAGAUGGACUAACUACUUGAGACCUGACAUCAAGCGAGGAAAGUUCUCUCAGGACGAGGAACAGACUAUCUUGAACCUUCACGCAGUUCUUGGAAACAAGUGGUCAACGAUUGCAAACCACUUACCGGGGAGAACAGACAACGAGAUCAAGAAUUUCUGGAACACUCAUUUGAAGAAAAAGCUGAUUCAGAUGGGUUUUGACCCAAUGACUCAUCGCCCAAGAACCGAUAUCUUCUCCAGCUUAUCUCAGCUCGUGUCUCUGUCCUCUAACCUGAGAGGAUUUGUUGAUAUGCAGCAACAGUUUCCGAUUGAUCAAGAACAAACCAUACUGAAACUCCAAACCGAGAUGGCCAAACUUCAAUUGUUCCAAUACCUCCUUCAACCACCUUCCAUGAAUAACUUUAACCCUAAUGACUUCGACACUCUCACUCUCCUUAACUCUAUUGCCUCCCUCAAAGAAACCACCAGCAAUAGUCUCGACCUCGGUUCCUAUCUCCAGGACUUCAACAGCUUACCAUCCCUGAAAACCCUAAAUUCCAACAUCGGACCAUCAUCUGUUUUCCCCCAAAAUCCUGAUGACGAUCACUUCAAGUUCUUCAGUCAAAGGGAAAACAACCUGCCGGUUUCUCCAAUAUGGCUCUGUGAUCCCUUGAGCUCGAAUCAGAGUUUGCUACCUUCUCUUGAUCCGUCUUCUGCUGUGAGUGAUGAUCUGAUCAGAAACCAAUACGGUAUUGAAGAUGUCAAUAGCAAUCUCACCUCUUCAAGCUGUCAAGAAUCAGGAGGUUCAGCUUCAGCUGCGUGGCCUGAUCACCUAUUGGAUGACUCCAUAUUUUCCGACAUUCCUUAG